GCUUCAGAAAAAUGUCAAUCAAAUAAUCCCGGCUAUUUCCUGUCACGUGAAAAAUACUUGCCCUGAAGGGAAGUGGUGAAAAUUGAAGCCGAUUUCUGUCAACGGGAAUUGGCACCACAGGUCGAUGGAGGAAUCGAAUCCAGCAGCAGCAUUUGACAAAGAUCCAUUCGAGCUCACAGCUGAACAUGUCUACGAUAUUUCUUACAUUAUUGGCCGCGAUUUAAUGAAGCUCGGCAGCUCAGAAGAUUGUGACAGGGUUUCCGAGUUGCAAUAUAAGAUAAUCAGAGUCCUAGAAAUGCUGGAGUGUCUGGUGAACAAGCACAAUUUAACUGUGGAAACAUUGAAAAUUGAAAGAGACAAUCUAAGAACCGAGACGGAAAGACUUAACAGAGAACUUCAACAGGCAGCAAGCAAUUCACAACAAAAUGUUGGGUCGGACAAACUUGUGGUAGACAUCGAUGACCCAGAUCGCCCACGCUUCACGCUGCAGGAACUGCGAGAUGUAUUGCAUGAACGGAUUAAACUGAAGGCACAGCUGCAUGUUGCACAAGAAGAACUUGAGUGCUAUAAGAACGGAUUAAUCGGAACAAAAGAAUCUCAAAUCGAAGAAAUAAAUAACUCUGGUCCGAGUAGUGGCAGUGAACAAACUAUGAUUAAAAAGCUAUUUUCUCUUAGACAUAGAAAACAUACUUAAACCACUUGGACUCGGAUGUUCGAAAGAUUUGAUGAGCACUUAUAGAAAAGAAUUGUCUAACAGAAUUUCAGAACUUUGAAACGAUUGUAUAGUGUUAUGAGAGAAGAAUUUUCGAAGUUUACUUUUUUACACGAUUUUGCAGCUUGUAAAUUAUGUUGUUUUUUUUAAUUGGAGCAGAAAUAAAAAGAUUGCAAAAAGAAA